GGAAAGCCCUGGAAACAGCAGGGCUAGGUCUGUGGGCUGGUGCGAAGUGACGCUAUGUAUAGCUUUGGAAACAGAGAAGAGGGUAUCAGGGGUCUGAGGGGAAAGGUAGAUCUCAAGCUGUGAGAGGGAAGAUUCCUGCACACCUCGCUCCUCAGCCUAACGUGACUUUUCAGAGGAAUCUGUUUUGCUCCAAUUAAAUAUUUUGACCUUUGCAACGUUGAACGUGAAAUAAAAGCAAGACCCGGUGGACAUUUUUUUCUUUUUGCUCUGAGGAACCAGGUUCUUCAUUGAGGUGUGACAACAAUUCUCUUAUCACCACAUCUCCAAAGAUAUGGGCAGGAAUGACGGCGACUGUAAUACCUGGAAAUACGGCAACGAUCUCAAAGCCGACCUGAGCGCCCAUGCAAAGACUGGAAGCUGCAGCCAGAGCAUGGUGGAAAUUUAUGACUCGGCCGAUGACACCUCGCUGCGGCCUGAACCCGCUCCCCCCGGUGACAACGCUGUCAGUGCGGCUGCUGAAGAUGACGGAGUGAAGAAGAGUCGGGAGGGCGAGACCUGCGAGGACGAUGAAGAAGGACACCUGCUCUAUCACGUCGGCCUCGUGAUGAAAGAACGAUACGAAGUGGUGUCCACACUGGGAGAGGGGGCCUUCGGAAAGGUGGUGGAGUGUAUCGACAGAGACAAAGACGAGCGCGUGGCCGUGAAGAUUGUGAGGAACAUCGACUGUUUCCGAGAAGUGGCCAAGUCUGAGAUCGCUGUGCUGGAGGAGAUUAACAGCCUGGAUGAUGACCAGAGAUUCGCCUGUGUGCGGAUGCUGGACUGGUUCGAGCACGAGGGCCACAUCUGCAUUGUGUUCGAGCUGCUCGGCCUCAGCAUCUACGAGUUCCUCCGACAGAACAAGUUCCUGCCGUUCAGCGUGGAGCAGAUCAGGCACAUGGCCUUCCAGAUCUUCAGGGCAGUCUGCUUCUUGCAUCGCAACAAGCUGACCCACACCGACCUGAAGCCCGAGAACAUCCUGUUCGUCUGCUCUGACUUUGACCUCGACUACAAUGACGAAAGGAAGUGUGAGGAGAGGAAGCUGAGGAGUCUGGAUGUGAAGGUGGUGGAUUUUGGCACCGCCACGUUCGACCACGAACACCAUGAAUCCCUGGUGUCGACGCGCCACUACCGAGCUCCGGAGGUCAUACUGGAUCUGGGCUGGAACCAGUCGUGUGACGUUUGGAGUCUCGGCUGCGUUCUCAUGGAAUUUUACCUGGGACGUGCGCUCUUCCAGACCCACGACAGCAAAGAACACCUGGCGAUGAUGGAGAAAGUUCUGGGACCGAUCCCGUCGCAUCUGCUGAAACGGACCAGGAAGCAGCAUUAUGUGCACAACGAGUGUCUGAACUGGAACGACCAGAACUCCUCAGACGACUACAUCAGGAAACACUGUCGGCCUCUCAAGCAGUACAUGCACAGGAAGAGCGAAGACGAGAGGCAGCUGUUCGACCUGCUCGGCUGCAUGCUGGAGUACGACGUCUGCAGACGGAUCAGCCUGGAGGAGGCGCUGUGGCACCCGUUCUUCAGCCCGAUGAGGGUGCAGAAGCAGCGCAGCUAACACACACAUGCACACACACUACACACGCAUUUUUGUGAACAUGCAGGGCAUGGCCUAGGCCAGUAGGGGGCCCCCAAGGGCUGACUCUUUAAACUACAGUAGGGAGGCUGAAAGAACAUGAAUGAGCUAGAAGUUGAAAUAUUAACACUUAGUAACCAGUGAGUUUAGGUGCUGUUACAGAUAUUCACUUGUGGUUUUAUAUGACACUAGAGAGGAGGGUAUAAGUUAAUUUGGGUAAUGCUGUUUUAAUCCCACAGUCCAGAGACUUGUUUGUUUGGUUUUUAUGUGAUUCUAAAUAGACUGUAAGUGUGCGUGUGAGUGCGAAUGGCUGAUUGUUAAGGAAAAUGAAUGAAUAACUUUUUACAUUUUUUUUUUGUAACAUUAGUUGAGUGUAAUUUUUUACCCUAUGGUCCCAGUCAGGUUGAGCUUUUGUCAACAGUUUGUACUGAAAUUUCCCAAAACAUCACAACAAUUAAAUGCCUGUUUGGAGUAUGAGCAAAAAGAAGUUAUAUUUUUUUAAAGUAUUUUAUCUUAACUUGUAAGAUUUCAUGUUUUUUAAUUAUUUUUUAAACCAGACUGCAACAAACACAGUUACAGUGUGUGUUUUUAUGUGUUUUGUGGUAAUACAACAUGCUGACCCACACCAACCACCAUACACACGGUCAUUUCUGAAGUUUUACAGGCUGUUUGAUGGGAAAUAACGAGUUUCCUAUAAUGUUAUUUACCGUUAACUGGCUUUUUUUUUUUUUUUUGUCUAAUUGCCCCAAAGUUUGGAUUGAAACAUUUCUUAGAACAUAAGUAAUUCAUCUGUUGUUUGGAAUAUGAGCAAAAAGAAACAGUAUUUUAAAAAUCUGUUUCAUUUUAAAUGUUAAAUUUCACACACUUUUCGUCCAGACUUUUAAUUGAUCCAACAAACUCCCUGUUGCUGAGCUCAUUUAGUGUAUUUUUACUUAAGCUGACACACGUCGAUCUGUUACAAUCUGUCAACUUUUCCCUUAUGCACUGUUUUCCAGCGUACACAUGAUCAUUUCUAAAGUUUUACUGUCAUUUUAUGGGACACAAGGGGUAACUGUUGAUUGUACAUUUUUGCCUUUGGCCACUAUAGACUCUAGUAUCACUUGUGCACUUGUGUAUUUCUACCUCAAACUGUAAUUUAACCCUAAAUUGCAAUAGUUUUUUAAUACUGAGUGGGAUUUUCAGUUCCAUAGAGCAUUCCUGUUUGUUUGAAAUCAUUUAGUCGACACUGAACCGUGAUCCUAGAGUCUGCAUGAUUAUUAUGAGUUUUACAUUUUAUCUUUCAGCAGUUUGUCAAUAAAUAUUUUUAAUUUUAA